CUUGUUGUGAGGGGAAACUUUGCUGCUAAAAAUGUGCACUUUUAUAUUUUUACAGUGAAAAUUCUCAGAUGUCCCUUUGAUUUCAUCGAAAUGCUUCUUCAGUCAUUAAAUACAAUGGCAUACAGUUAGUAAACUUUCCAGUGGAAAUAUCAAUUCAGAUACUUCAACAUGGCAACACAGGAAGCCAUACACAAGCGCAAUUUGGAGAGCUCCAUCCUUUUCAUGCAACAAGAGCAUGCAGCUACUCUUAAAGCCUUGCAUGAAGAAAUCCAAAAACUGCAGAAAAAAUGUACAGAGUUAACAUUCGAGCUGAACAUGGCUGGACUUGAUGUCAAUGAUGGAGUUCCACCAGAAGUAGCGGAACACAUGAAGCAUCAGGAGAAAAUGAUUGAUGCUCAGCGAGAGACACAGCAUGAACUGGAAGUAGAGUUGGAGAAGAAAGACAAGCUAAUCAAGGAAAAUGAAUACACCUAUAAACGACAGAAAAUGAAAUAUAUUGAAGAUAUAAGGGCCAAAAAUAAUGAACUUGAGCAAUUGCGUGCUGAAUUAGAUGCAACAGCAAAUAGUACUGCAUAUUAUCAAAAUGAACUGUUAAAAAUAAAGAAGGCCAAAUUUCAAAAUGUGCACAAUGACACUGAAACAAAAGGUGCUGCCCAUGCACCAGCCCCUCCAAAAGAGAGCAGAUCAAACCCAACCCGUGCUUUCCAUAUCCGUCGGACUUUGGUUGACCCCUCAAAUAAUGCUGAAAUACAAGGACCUGGCAGUGGUGGGGCCAGGCAAGGCUCAGGCAGCACAAGUCGAUCGGACUCGCCAGCCGAACUGGCCAGGCCUUUCCUGCGGGGAGAGGAAGCAGAACAAAGCGUUAUACAGAUCAAACAAAGCAACCCCUUGCCACCGAUCAGAACAUCAUCCGGUCGUGUUGUUUUCAGGGAGCCGGUGGAUGUUGUUCAGGUCAGUGUUCACAAUGUGCCCAAGCCCCUGUCCCGCAGUAAGAAGGCCAUCUCCUCUGUCCAGGAAGUGGAGACCCUAGCAGUGGGCCAGGUCUCCCACAGCAACCCGUCAUGGAAACACUCCCGCAGGAAGGAAUCUCACAGCUCAGAGUAUAGAUAGUCGUAAAUACACUAUGGUCGCAUGUUGGAUGUUAUGUGAAAUAUAGACUGAAUUAAUGAACAUAUUUAGAGAUGCUUUAUGUUAAAGAUAUUUUUGUUUUAUUUUGUUUGAGAUUUAUUAAAGUAUUUAAAUAGGUAAUCUAUGUUCAUUUUUAUUUUACAUGGAUUUCGUUUACUUUUAUUAAACAUUUUAAGAUGGUAUAUUUAUUUUCCCACCAAGUUUCUAUUGUUGCUGACUUUUUUUAACUUCAUAGCAUCUAGGAAUGUCAAAAGAUAAAAGUAAGAUGCAAGCUUAAAUGGACUUGUUUGCAAAAUUAAGCAGUAAGCAGAUACAUGUAUGUUUUCAUUUCUCAUCCUAAUCAGUGUUAUUUUGUUUGUUUUACUCUUCUUUGUGUGGGGUUUACAUGUACAUUUAUGAUACAUGUACUUUGUCAUUAGUACCUGUGAUAUUGUUCCUAAACAGCUGUGAAUUUGUGAUAUUUCUUUGCCUUUACUUUGUAUUGUGAAGGUCUAUCAACUUUGAUUGUUAAAUCUAUUCCUGUUACCAUUUCAUUUGAAGCACUUUUUAUUUUUAUUUUAUUAAAUCAUGUUUUAAAUAAGAGAGAAUAAGAGUGAUGAAUUGACUGAAAUUGCCUGUACCUGUGAUGUACAUGUUCACAUAUCUGAGUGUUGUAUUACGGUUCAUGUGAUACUAGUACCUGGCAGGCUAAGAUGUUCACAUAUCUGAGUGUUGUAUUACGGUUCAUGUGAUACUAGUACCUGGCAGGCUAAGAUGUUCACAUAUCUGAGUGUUGUAUUACGGUUCAUGUGAUACAUGGAAGGCUAUGCACACAUAUCUGAGUGUAUCAUGGUCUAUGUGCUUGACUGCUUGUAGAGUUACAGUUUACAUGUUGUCUUUUUAUAAUUACUGUAUACUGUAUAUUAUAUGUGUAUGCAGUCUGCUGAACAUAGACACCCCAGAAUAUCACACACCAUCCACAUUUGCAAACACUGGUGCCAUUUGCAUAGAGAUGUAUUUACGUGGAAUACAAACAUACCCAAUUACUGGUAAAUUAUUUGUUUACAUUUUCCAUGGUUUCACUUUUUCAUUAUAAUGUUAUUUUAAAAUGACGUAUAAACUGACCUUUGUUUACAAAAGUUUAAUUUUGUUUGUCUAUGAAACAUUUUAGGAUGUAAGGCUUAAUAUUGGACAAGGGUAAUUGCAACAUACACAGUUUAAAGUUUGUUAAACUCUCGUGCACCUGUUACAAGCUUGUGAUUGUGUGUAAUAGGUGAAGACUAAUUAGUCAUUGUCCAUGAAUUCUAUUGUUUUAAAAUGCUGAUGGCAUUAAACUGCAUUACUAUAGUAUAUUUUGCAAAUUUUUUAAUAAGCGAUUUCUUCGUACAAAAUGUAAUAAUUAUGUUAAUCUCUGAAAACUAACCAUUAGAACAUUGAUUGAAUGGUGCAGAUUUUGUUUUGAAUUAUAUUACGUUUAUAUAGUAUACUUGUGGUUUAUGCCUCUGACUUUUAGAUGUUUUGUUAUGGUUUCCAGUUUAGAAUACAUGUAAACUUCAUGUUAUGAAGACAUGUACAUGCUGUACUUACAAAGAAUGUGGUUGCCUUUUAUGAUCUCAUAACUUGUAAUUGUCCUUCAAGGCAUUGUUAGUCUCAUCGUUCAACACCUUGAUAUUGUUAAGACACAUUCAAAUGACCAUGUGGAAAUGACUGUUUUGUUAAAAUUUCACAGACUGUGAUGCGUUUAUGUUGUAAAAAUGCACAAAUAA